AUGGCCGGCCGGCAGCCAGAAAAAUUGACGACAAUAGGAUGCUCCGUUGCCACAGCUUUUGCCAGCGCUUUGCCGGCUGAUAAUAUUUUGCUUGAGGGCGUGGGCGUUAGCGUGGAUGUGGAUGUGGAAGAAGAAGAGAACGAAGACGAAGAAGAAGAGAAGGACGAAGAGGAGGAAGUAGCACUUGAAGGCGCUUCGGCAGAAGAUGCUGAUAGCGUUGCAGUAGAAGAUGCAGCAGACGAUGUUGUAGAAGGAAUACAAUACGUGGAAGGUGUGGAAGAAACAAACGAUGUACAAAACACAGAGCGCGGUGAACAGGUAGAGGAGACAGAAGGCGUGGCCAUCCUCGUUGUGGUUGUGGUGGAAAUAACGCUCAGUGUCCGUUUGUUUCUUUUGGGUUGCUUGUCGCCUUUCCUAGCAUCUCCUUUCUUGCUGUUGGACUCGGCCGGUUCGGAUUCUCGCUCCCUCGCCCUCUCCCUCUCUCUUUCCUUUCCCUUCUCUCCUUUCCGUUCUCUUGCUUUGUCCUCUCGUUCUGGAACAAAGAUGGGUUUAUGCACUCUCUCCGAGUAA